AUGUUGGCAUCUCCGCCAACAAUGAACGGUGAUCAUGGACCUAUGUUGGACAAGAACAACAUCAUAAAUGUAAGAGACGGAGAGUCGCUCUACCAAAUAUGUAUCAAACUGCGUCGUCGCUUGUCGGGGGUUCCCGGCUUCCGUCCUUAUCUGGAUGAAAUGGAAGAGCGCGAGGCCGAUGGCUUGACUGAUCCUGUGUCGUCUUUAUGGCAAUGCUUCCGGAGUGGGUUGCCACUCUUAGCAAUUUACAAUGCUUCGAAUCCCGAAGAAGGCGACCUUCAUGUGGACACAAGUCGGCCAGAAAGAGUGGGGAAAGAAGCGGCGUUUCUCUUCAUCAAAUCUUGCAUGCAACAAAUGAAUAUCCCUGCGGCCGACACCUUCACCGUCACUGACCUGUACAGCGACAAUACUACGGGCUUUGUGAAGGUGACCAAACUGGUCAAUCGCGUCCUGGAUAUAUUGAAAUUGAGCGGGAAACUGCAUCCUUCUACGGACAGUGAAGAUUCUCGCGAAGGAACCGAUAGCGGGUCUAAUGCGCCCGACCAAGCCCCCAAGUCGCUGACUAGACGACAAUAUAUCUUGAAAGAACUCGUCGAAACCGAGAGGCAGUAUGUUCAUCAUUUGCAAAACUUGCAGGCGUUGAAGAAGGAAUUGGAAGAAGUCGGUGCAUUGACCGGUGAUUCCAUUCACAACAUCUUUCUCAACCUCAACAAUCUGCUUGAUUUUGCUCAGCGAUUUUUGAUCCGCAUUGAACAACAAAAUGAGGUUCCUGAAGACCAGCAAAACUGGGGUCAACUCUUCGUUCAUUACAAAGAUCCUUUCAGACAGUACGAGCCAUUUAUCGCCAACCAGAGAAGAUGUGAAGCGACUUGCCAACAGGAAUGGGAUAAGAUGGUGGCGAACGCUAGGUCUCCUCUGACUCAACAAAUGCUGGCAAAUCCAACCAUUCUGAAUGGCUUUUUACUGAAGCCAUUCCAGCGGUUGACAAAAUAUCCACUGUUGCUCAAGGAUCUUCAAAAUCAAACGCAAGACGACAACCUCAAAUCGGAUUUGACCCACGCGAUUGGAAUUAUCCAAGAUGUCCUCAUGCAAGCCGAUGCUUCUAUCGAUAAAGAGACCAGAGAUGACGCCCUUCAAGAUCUACAAGAACGAAUAGAUGACUGGAAGCAAUUACAAAUUUCAACCUUUGGCGAGCUUCUUUUGCUUGGGACGUUCAAUGUCAUGAAAGACAGUGGCAUCCGAUCUGAUGAGAAAGAAUAUCACAUUUACCUCUUUAGCCGGAUCUUGAUCAUGUGCAAGGAUGUCAAUGCUAACAAGCCCAAAAACAGACUGGCAAACAGCAAACCGGCCCUGAGUCAACGCGGGAAACCGAAAAUGAACUUGAAAGGACGUAUCUACUUCACCAAUGUGACCGCGGUGUCCCCUCAAACCAGCUCCGGGAAUUAUGCGUUGCAAAUAUCAUGGAAAGGCGAACCGGCCGUGGAGACGUUCAUCAUCAAAUUUAAAAAUGACGAUACGCUCCAAAAGUGGCAUACCAUGAUUGAAACACAACGGUCAUCCUGCAUGUUGGAGGCCAAACAAAGGGGGACCUCUGAUACGCAACUUCUCUCCUUGCAAGGAAUGAAUAUGGAGAACCCAUAUCUUACCCAAGAUGAUGAUGACGACUACAGCAGACUUUCCGGGACCACCUAUGGAGGCACCGAUGCGACAGGAUUUUCCGAAUUCAGCAUGAGCCGAAAUGCUUCAAGCACAAGUCUGCGAUCACGAUCCGCCACAGGAGGCAGUGGAAAUAGCAAUCCGCACAUGUCGGCUGGACGCAUGCGAAUUCCCACCGCAGAGAUGGGAGGUCUUUCGUUGAAUACUCGAGGACUUCCUGUGCAAUCUCCACAAGAUUACCCCGGAGGUUCAUACUUCUCUCCGACCGAGCGAGAAUCAACACCACAGUCGUCAAUCUCGGCCAGAUCAAGCUCCCAAUCCGCUUUUGCUAGUUAUCACCGAGGAACGACUCCUGUCGGUGCUGGAAUGUAUCGUCCAGAGGAGUCCAAUCGAAAUACUGCUCCGGCCAUGCCUCGAAAUCCGAAUGGUCAAUCGGGUGGCAAUCCUUACUUGGCUAAUGGUCGAAAUCGAGGACCGUCCUCUGGCCCUGGGACGCAAGCGCCCCGGAUGCGAUCUGCGAGCAGCCCCGAUGUUCAUCCUAUGGUGCAGCAGAGUCGCAAAUAUGUGUCCAGCGAACAUGUGCCAACAGUGCCUCCCAUUCCGGCACAUGUUGCGAAACAGAUGGCUCCUCCAAACAGAAGUCAAAACAAUUCUCCGAACAAUGCGCCACCGUCACGAGGAGGCACUCCACACCAACAACAAUAUGGACUCCCUCCGGCGCCUCGACCUGGCAUUCCGAAUCACGGUUAUACUUAUGAUCCAUCUUAUGGAAUUGACCAAAGAAGAACCGGACAUGCGCCGUCGCUAUCGCAAGGUCGGACAUUCCCUCCUUCGGUGUCAUCACCUUCGGGCGAUGGAGAUCCGUAUCUACCCAGUCAACUUAAGGCGAAAGUGUGCUUUGAUGAAAAUUAUGUCUCGAUGAUCAUUGCCAGCAAUAUCCAAUUCCGUUCAUUGGCAGAUCGAAUCGACGCCAAGUUGGCUCGGUUUACCAAUCAUUCGAUUGCGUCUGGAUCUGUCCGACUACGAUACCGAGAUGAAGAUGGCGACUUCGUGUUGAUUGAUAGUGACGAAGCAGUUCAUGAAGCUUUGCUUGAUUGGAGAGAAACACAUGCGGCCAAUUCCACAAAUCCACAAAAUGCAGAGUUAUUACUAUUUGCUCACGUGGUAAAUAGUGAGGCGGUUGCAGGUGGUUGA